AUGCCAUCCCACAAACGCCUACAUUCGCGCUCUGAAGCCAAGUUGGACCAACCAGCCAUAGUCAAACGGCCCAAACGAACCCUCAAACCGAAAGAGAAAAGCCUGGUGGAGCGCAUCAACGCCCUGAGCGUCGCCCAGUUCUACGACCAGUUCUUUCCGCCCUCCGUCGCGGGAACGGUAGGGUCACCAACGAACCUCCACAUCACCCUCUCAACAUGGAAAGAAAUGUCAUCACCCUUUCGCGAAGCUUGUGUCGACCUCCUCAAACUGACCAGCCGGGACCACUACCACAGCUCUGAGAAAGGCUGGUCCCGUGCGAAGAAGUUGAAGGAGAUGGGUCAUCCUGCUAUGAAGUAUCUGCUUCUCCGCCCUGUCCCUGCCGCCCCUCCAACAGUGAAGGAGGGUAAGCUAGCAGGCCCAGAGCAGACUGAGGGGUUCUUGUCCUUCAUGAUCACGGAAGAGGAUCGUUCUGAAGUCAUUUACUGUUAUGAGCUUCAUUUGCAGCCAAGCUUACAAGGAAAAGGGGUGGGAAGGAGGAUGAUGGAGGUGAUGGAGAUGAUUGGUUCGAGGGUAGGGGUGGAGAAAGCUAUGUUGACUGUGUUUCGAUCGAAUGACAGGGCUGUUGAGGCUUAUGAGAGAUGGGGUUAUCGGGUUGAUGAUUUCUCGCCUGAACCGAGGAAGUUGAGGGAUGGGACGGUGAAGGAGCCGAGUUAUGUCAUUCUAUCGAAGGGGAGGGAAGGAUUUGCAAGGGAAGAAAGGGCCCAUGAACAGAACGAUCCUGGUGGGUUGUCGAAAUCAGCUGAUGAGAAUGUAACAGACAACAAAACAGCAAGCGCACAGCAUGGCUGA